AUGUCUGGUAAUGAUGUUCGUAGAACAUUUAUUGAAUUUUUUAAAGAAAAAGAACAUAUUUAUGUUCAUUCUUCAUCUGUCAUUCCACACGAUGAUCCAACACUUCUUUUUGCCAAUGCUGGUAUGAAUCAAUUUAAACCAAUUUUUCAGGGAGUUGUUGAUCCAAAUAGUGAUAUGGGAAAAUGGAAAAGAGCUGUUAAUACACAAAAAUGUAUUAGAGCUGGUGGAAAACAUAAUGAUUUAGAUGAUGUUGGAAAAGAUGUUUAUCAUCAUACUUUUUUUGAAAUGUUAGGAAAUUGGUCAUUUGGUGAUUAUUUUAAAAAAGAAGUAUGUGAAUGGGCUUGGGAGUUAUUGACAAAAGUUUAUGAAAUUCCUCCAGAACGCCUUUAUGUCAGUUAUUUUGGUGGAAAUGAAGAAUAUGGGUUAGAACCAGACAAUGAAUGUAAAAACAUUUGGUUAAAUAUUGGUGUUCCUGAAAAUAGAAUUAUUCCAUUUGGAAUGAAAGAUAAUUUCUGGGAAAUGGGUGAAGUUGGCCCAUGUGGUCCAUGUUCAGAGAUUCAUUAUGAUCGUAUUGGUGGAAGAGAUGCCUCAUCAUUAGUUAAUGCUGAUGAUCCAAUGGUUGUAGAAAUUUGGAACUUAGUUUUUAUGCAAUAUAAUAGAGAAGAAGGUGGUUCUUUAAAACCACUUCCAAAUAAACACAUUGAUUGUGGUUUAGGAUUAGAAAGAUUAAUUGCCGUUAUGCAAGAUAAAGUUUCUAAUUAUGAUACAGAUGUUUUUCAACCAAUAUUUAAGGCUAUUGAAGAAGGAACAGGUGCACGAAAAUAUACUGGUUUGGUAGGAGAUGAUGAUAAAGAUUGUGUUGAUAUGGCAUAUCGUGUUGUUGCUGAUCACAUUAGAACAUUAGUUAUUGCUAUUGCUGAUGGUGGUGUUCCAGAUAAUGUUGGUCGUGGUUAUGUUUUAAGAAGAGUUUUAAGAAGAGCUGUCAGAUACGCAACUGAAAAAUUAGGAGCCAAACCAGGAUUCUUUAGUUCACUUGUUGAUGUUGUCAUUACAUUGUUAGGUGAAACAUUCCCUGAAUUAAAUAAAGAUGUAGAGACAAUCAAAGAUAUAAUAAAUGAUGAAGAAAUUCAAUUUUUAAAAACAUUAAACAGAGGUCGUGUACUUUUCCAAAAAGCAGUCAAAGCUCUUCCAGAAGGUGAAAAAUGUUUCCCUGGUGAUAUUGCUUGGAGACUUUAUGAUACAUAUGGUUUUCCAAUUGAUUUGACUCAACUUAUGGCUGAAGAAUGUAAACUUCAAAUUAAUAUGGAUCAAUAUAAUGAUAGUAAGAAGAAGGCCAUUGAAAUGUCUGCCGGUGGUGUUGGAAAAUUCAAAGAAUCUUUAGAUAUAAAUGUUCAUGCAAUUGCAGAACUUCAAUCAAAAGGUAUCCUUCCAACAGAUGACUCUCCAAAAUAUUUGUAUACUGAUAAUGGAUGUUUUGGUUUAGAUGGUAAAUAUAAUUUUGAAAAAUGCACAGGAAAAAUUGUUGGAAUACGUAAAAAUGGUGAAUUUGUUGAUAGUCUUACUUCUGGUGAGGAAGGAGUUUUAAUUCUUGAUCGUACCUGGUUUUAUGCUGAACAGGGUGGUCAAAUAUAUGACACGGGUGUUUUUGUUAAAGUAGGUGACAAAGAUACUGAAUUCAGUGUUAAAAAUUGCCAAGUUCGUGGAGGGUAUAUUAUAUUUGUUGGUGAAGCAGAAGGAAAUUUAAAAAUAGGUGAUGAAUUGGAACAAAAUGUUGAUGAAGAUAGAAGAUCUUUGAUAAUGAAAAAUCAUACAGGAACUCAUGUUUUAAAUUAUGCUAUUAAUCGUGUAAUACCAGGUAUUGAUCAAAAAGGAUCACUCGUUGCUCCAGACAGAUUACGUUUUGAUUUUACUGCUAAGGGAGCUUUAACUACAAAACAAAUUAAAGAAAUUGAAGAUAUUGCACAAUCAUUAAUUAAUACUAAGAAACCUGUUUAUGCUAAACAAGCACCAUUAGCUGAGGCUAAAAAAGUUAAAGGAUUAAGAGCUGUUUUUGAUGAAAAUUAUCCAGAUCCUGUUCGUGUUGUCUCAGUCGGAACUCCAAUUGAAACAUUACUAGCCAAUCCUGAUAGUGAUAUUGGACUUAACACAACUGUAGAAUUUUGUGGAGGAACACAUCUUAAAAAUGUAUCUCAUAUUGGAUCACUUGUUAUUACUACAGAAGAAGCAAUUGCUAAAGGAAUAAGGCGUAUAGUAGCAUUAACUGGACCAGAAGCAGAAAAAGCAAUUCAUCGUGGUGAAAGAAUAGAAAAACGAGUAAAUGAAUUGAAAGUACUUGUUGAAAAAGAUGAAAAUAUUGUUAAUGACAAAAAGAAAUUUAAAGAAUUGACAACAAGUACUAAUGAAUUACUUUUAGAAAUUAAUGGUAUGAUUUUACCUUAUUGUAAAAAAGAAUCAGUCAGAGAGACAACCAAAAAUAUUCAAAAACUUCUUGAUAAAUACAAUAAAAAUGCACAAAAUGCUGCAGCAGAAAAAAUUGUUGCUGAAGCUAAAAAAUUAGUUGAAACAAUUGAUGAUAGUACAAAAUACUUAGUUCAUGUAUUUCCAGAAGGUGCUAAUGGAAAAAUUUUAGAUAGUGCACUUAAACAAAUUAAAAAACCAUCAGCUGUUAUGGCUUUUUCUGUUAACAAUGAAAUUGGAAAAAUUCAAGUUAUAUGUAAAGUUGAAAAAAAUCUUGUUGAAAAAGGAUUUAAAGCUCAAAAUUGGAUAAACAAAGUAUGUGAAGUAAUUGAUGGUAAAGGAGGUGGUAAAGAUACUCAGGCUCAGGCAACUGGAAAUUGUUUAGAAAAGUUGAAUGAGGCUGUAAGUGUUGCAAAGGAAUUUGCUUCUAUAUCAUUAAAUUAA